AUGAAGAAAGAGCGAAACUGCGUGGAGACGCCGGCGGCUCUCCAGGAGUUCGAAGACGUGUUCCAAAAACACAAGGAUGCGCCGGAGGAGCAAGACCAAAGCAAUUACGUCGAUUUGGAGUUAUCAGGUGGGACACAUCCGGAGAAGGACUGUAGUUUUGGUGAGAGAAACCACGUGUCUGUCCUUAUUUACAGCAGCAGCGCGGGAGAUCUGCGCGUAACGGAGUCAACCCAGGAGGUGGAGAAUAAAACCAAUAUUAAAACGAAGACAACAAAUAAUUAUAUCAUUUGGAAAUGUGUAGAGAAUGUCCAGGAGGGUUCCUCUGCUCUAUCACAUCUCACAUGUCUUAACGCAAAGUCGGAAUCUGGAGACGGAGGCGAGCGCGUCAUGACGCAGCGCGAGGUGUCUCAAGGAGAAGACAGCAACAACCCCCCACGAGGUGAUGGAUUACACUGUAGAGAUAAGGAUCUGAGCUGGAGAAGUGAGUCGGAUGAUGUUGAGGAGGAUGACGAUGAUAGUUUGGUGCUUUCCAACCACUGCGUCCCGUGCGUAACGGAGGAUGAGUCUCACUACAUCACCACGCACGAAAUCCAGCUCUCGGAGCUCUCUGACCACGAGGAAGAAUACCUGGGAGUGGACUCCUCCACCAGCUGGGACGUGAAGAAUGACAACCAGGUGUACUCUUUUGUCGAUUACGGUGACGCGGCGGUGAUGGAGAGGGGGCACGCCCGCCAGCCUCGCUCUCACGGUGGAGCAGCAGCAGUCAGCACUCUGCUGGAAAGUGAUCCGUCCGCCGGGGCCAAGUUCACCAGCUCAGAUGAGAGUGUGUCAAAGCCCCCGCAGCAGCAGCAGCGCAGUGGCAACAGCGCGGCACAGAUCCACCUGUCAAUCAGGACCACUUCUCGAGCUAUAAAUGACCCUGGCAGCAUCCACGAGCAGGGGAAUAUACUCCAUCAUGCCGGGCGCUCCGGGGAUCCGAGUCGCUAUGUGUUGAGGGGGGGUGAUGGGGAGGCAGAGGCGGAGUGUGACAGGACGAAGUGUUUCAUAGCCGCGCCCGGACGCGUGCACUUUGGUCGCAGACUGAGAGGGAAGGAGGUCACCGGGUCCUCCAGCUGCGCAUCCAGCGAGCCGGACGACGCGGACAAGGAGGUGCGCGAGCUGACCGACAGAUCCUUCAAGAGCCUGGCAUAUCCGUACUUUGAUGCCAUCAACGUCUGCACCUCCAGCGAGUCCUCUGCAUCAGAGCAUGCUGGGAAAGGGAUACACGGGUGCAUGGCCACGUUUGUUGACCUGAAAUAUGUCAACAUGAACAUGCCGAGGGGGCUGGAGCAAAGUGUGGGUUCCCAUCAAAACUCAGUGGCCAAAAAUAGAGACAAUAAAUGUUAUAAGGGCAUCGCGCUGGCCAGCAUCAAACCGCCCACCUCCAACAAGCUCGUCCCUCUGAAUGGAGACCCCCACUCAUACAAACGAAUGGAGCUGCUGGGGGACUUCAUUCAGGGCCACAGCGGAGCGAAUACACUCACGGAGACUCUGGAUUUCCGUUGCAAUGCCAAGUCAGGAAUGUCUGGGGGAGAAAGGAUCACUAAGUGUGCACACAACGCUGCAGGAUCACGUUCCACGGAUGAAGUGACCAACAGUUUACCAAGGAGAGGGGCCAGCAAUAAGUCGCCCUCCAGCACCAUGGAAGACACGCACAAGAAAGCCACAUUUGCCUCGAGCAUGAUCAAAAAUUUAAUUUCUAAAAAGAUCCAGUACGAGCAGGAGCGGAAGAUGGAACGAGGGGAGAUACGCGAGCGGCAUACGACGCUCUCCCCGGGCCCCGUGCACCCGGAGAGCGACGGCCACCAGGAGAAGGGCUGCAGGGAGCUGCGCAGGCAGAGCUCCAGGUUCUCCGAGAGCAGCGCCGAGUUCACCAUAAUGUGCGCGGAUGAGUUGGGGGACUUCGCGGCCGGCGGCUCGUGUGACUCCCGGAGCGACAGUCGGAGACGCGACGAGAUGGAACCGGCCACUGAAAAAGGCGGGUUGGAAGCUUCCAAAAGCCCGCUGCACCGCAGCCAUAACAGCGCCUUCAGAUGCUGGAAGGACAAGGAGGAGCUCGAGCUGCCAGAGGAUCAUGAACACGAUCCGGAGAAGUCGGCUGAGGACAGAGAGGCCGCGGGGGAGCUGAACGCCGCGGGACAGGGCAAACUGACGAAAAUGUCCCAUUUGUUUGUGCCAAGUAUCCAAAUGCUAUCUGGUGACGGAGAAGCGGGACAGCAGCUGCAGAACAGGAGUUAUUCCCCAUUUGGAGACAGGGGAGAUAUGCGCACUGGCAACACGUCAUACAUCGCGGACCCGCGGAGCGCGGCCACAUCUAAAUCUCCGGAAAUUAAAAUUAAUUUAAGGAGCGUUAGAGACAAUAAAAAAGAGCCUUUUGGCGUGUCCAGACUGCGCGCUCCUAAUAUAGGAUGUGACGUCAGAGCGGACCACUCACAGAGCCGGGUGCUGGCUGCAGCACUGAAGGGUGAGUCCGCAGAGAAAGUGCCACAUUUCAUGGUCAGAGACAUCAGAGAGAACAAAGGGAAGCUGCAGACGCCCAUUCACCAGGUGACAGACGUGCGUCAAAUGGUCAAAAGUUCCUAUCAAGUCGUCUCUUUGGAUAACAGCGACUGCCCCUCAGAGCAAAAUAAGCACAUAUCCUCUCGGAAUCCUAAUUCUGUGUCCCCGAUCGUGAUCAAAUGUCAGUCUGUGAAGACAAAUAACGGGAAACAUUCUAAAGAGGAGCUGUUGGACAUGGACAGGUCGUCUCCAGAGGGCGACGACAGUGUCCAGCUGCAAAGAGCAACAGGGAGAGCACCCCUGGGUGUCUCCAAUGACUCCUCAGAUGGAGACAUUGGGUUCAUAAUCAGAAGCAGAGCGACUUCAAUGAAGCAGGAAAAAAUAUCAGACAUCGCGGAUAAGAAACUCGAGUCAAAAAUUACCAACCAGGGGCCUUUGGAAAAACUCCAGGCUGCAGUGAAAACCAUGGAGCAGAUGUAUACAUUUGAAAGAAAUGAAUGGAAAAGGAAGAAGGAGCAGCAUCUCCUGACCGACAGCCACGUGCUCUCCCUGAUAGCCAGUGAGGAGCAUGGAGGACUGGAGGAGGCCGGCGGGAGAGCGUCCAGCAUGGACCGGACAACCAGGAGAGACUCCUUUCUCAACAAGACUCCGCCAGCACCAGCGACGUUCCCGGGCACUGGCUGCAGCCCGCUGCGGCAAGAGGACAAAGACCUCCCCGUGGUCUUCGAGACUCCCGGCAGCCGAGAGGACCGGCCGGUUGGGAGGUCAACGCAAGCCUCGGGGAACAAAAACAUGUUCGGCCUCAAGGCCCAGCCGACCGCCGUCACUCCGACACCGUUCAGCACCAAGAGCUUCGUCCCCAAGUCCCCCAAAGUGCCCGUGUCCUCAAAAGUAGGACGAACGAAGCCAAGUGUCACUGAAGCAUCCAAACCAAACAAGGUGGAGUGGUCCUCACAAGAGCUCUCCAGGGCCUCAGCUGAUAGCGAGAACUACCUAACCAUUCCGGUAAAGUCUCUCGCCAGCAGCAGAAAACAAGAAGUCUCAUCGACCGAUCCAACGCCAUUGUACACGUUUACAAAUCAGACUCAACCAAACACUUCUUCAAGACACCUGGGAUCCGGCGCCAGGGUCUUAGAAGACCUCAACCGGUCCCCUAGGCGCUCCAGCAUUGUGAUGGACACACCUUCACCUGAGUUCCCUCCUGCUGCCAUCUACCACUCUUUGCCAUUGGGCCUAUCCACCAAUCAGCCUCAGGUGUACUGCUUCUCUCCGGCCAUCGCCCCCAAUCCCACUCUGGACCCCUUCCAGGCCACCCAGAGGAAGAUGCUCCUGGAUCCCACCACAGGGAGCUACUACCUGGUGGACACUCCCGUGCAGCCGGCCACCAAGCGACUCUUUGACCCCGAAACGGGCCAGUACGUGGACGUGCCCAUGCCGCAAUCUGCCAUGACCCCGGUGCCCAUGCCCAUGUCACCGUUGGCCCUGAGUCCAGGAGCGUACGGACACACCUACAUGAUCUACCCGGGCUUCAUGCCGACGCCAUCCGUGAUCCAGGCCCGGACGCUGGUGCAGUCGCAGAUGUCGAUGCAGCCGGAGGGCGGAGGCGUGUACCUGGAGAGUCCCUGCUUCAUGGCGGCCUACGGGGCUCAGCAGCAGGCCGCCGCCAACAGGCCGCCGCAGGGCUUCUCCGGCGUCCAGCAGCCCCUCAACAGCAUUGGCUCCCAGCAGGGGCCCCGGAUCAUAGCUCUGCCCUCUUUUGACGGGACCACCAUGAGCUUCGUGUUGGAGCACAGAUGAACACCUGGCAGGCCCUUACCUAACCCCAACCAUGCCUGUAAUUACAUAACGUAUCGGUGGCACACUCCCCAUGCGACAAUUUAACACCUCGCCCAAAUGCAGGUUAGUAGGUCUAUUUAUGAAUUCUCUAGUAGUCAGUUGGAAAAGGCCAUUAAGAAGGUAAGUGAUCGUGGCCCAGCAUGCAACAGGAGAAGACACCAUGUGAUUGUAAAAGUCUGCAACUGAGCACCUGGGCGAGGCAUCCACGCUCACAAGCUGUGAAGUCUGAUCGCUCAGCAGCGAUGCAGAGGAUUAUAUUGAUAUAAGAUAAUUCACUGCCGAGGUGUUUGAAUGCGCACCGUGGCCAUCGAGUGUGAAAGGUCGCACGGCGGCAGGCAUUCGUUGUGUGUAAACUCGCACCGCUUCAGCUGCUGCUGGACAUCAAGCGUGGCAGCUCGUCUUUUAAUAGGACCGGUCAUUUGGAGACACAGAGAGUGAGACGCCAGGUUCACAUGGCCUCCGCGCAGCAAUUACACAAACACAACAUGCAACAUAGCAGCAGCACAUUUGGAGUUCCCCUUCUCAUCUGAGUGGGCCGCAUACCGGAGGGUUCAGUUAUGUUUAUAAAGGAAACUGAUCCCCUGAAGCCUGAUGCCUCCAGGCAGGAGGAGUGGGUUUAGUUUAAACCCUACAGGCUGGAUGCAACGCUGUGUGUGUGAGGAACGUCAGGGAACAAUGUUCUCCGACCAUGUGGAGCCUUUGAGUGUGGACAGACAUCCAAGUGCAAUCAGAGGGAGUCAGCGGGACCUCUUCUGAGCUCCAGGCUCUCACGGGGUUUAAGGGUUUCCAGGGACUGCAACACAGAAUUCGGUCAAGCUGGACGUUGCUGUCAUUUACACUAGCGUUUAAAGGUUUGGGGUCACCCAGCCAAUGUUGUGUUUUCCAUGAAAACUCACUUUUAUUUAUCAGGUGAAUUACAAAAUGAAUAUAAAAUAUAGUCAAGACAUUGACGAGGUUAUAAAUAAUGAUUUUUAUUGUAAAUAUUAAUGUUGUUCUUCAAGUUUGUCGCUCAAAGGAAGGCCAGUUUUAUAGCUUCACCAGCAUAACUGUUUUCAGCUGCGCUCACAUAAAAAUGGUUCUCCCGGGGUUUCUACCCCUCCGUUAGUCUUCUAAGGCGAUAACACAAUGUAUCAUGAGAACACUGGAGAUGGGCCUCUACACACCUCUGUAGAGACUUCAUUAACACCAGAGAAUAGUCAUUUACACAUUAACAUGUAGAGAGUUUAUGAUUCAUUUAAUGUAUCUUCAUUGAUAAAAACAGUGCUUUGAAUAAUAAGGACAUUUCUAAGUGACCCCAAACUUUUGAACUGUGUACUUCAAACACACCAUGUUGUGUUCUGUGGAGAGAGAAACACAUUGCAGGUUUAUAAAGGUACAGAUUGUUUGCAAAGUAAAACUAUGUCCUAAUAGAUUUCUUUAAACUCUUCCCUGCAGGCUCUGGACGGGAAGGACCCUUCUGUGUGUGUCGGUGUGUUGCCUGUCAGCAAUUGGCUGUUUGUUAUGUAUUUUUUAGCAACUUAAAUAUCUUUUUGACUAUGUCUGUACCCCAUGCUGCUGUAAUCCCCUAAUUACCCACUGCAGGACUAAUAAAGGAUUAUUAUCUCUAACUGUGAGAUGGGUUGCACAGAUGUUCUCGGUCCCCAGAGGAUGCAUCCUAGCGACCUUUGGGUGGAUUCCCACAACAAUAAAUAUACAUAUUCAUGGUCCCCUCAGGAUGGGUUCUAAGUCAUAAACAUGAUAUGACUGAUGCAAUGUGUGUGUUGAACAUGUAUUUCUACAUGUAUCACUGUUUCAUAAUUUAGUUUUUUGACUUUCUGUUUUGUACUUGAACUGGUUCAGACUGGAUCUGCUGGCCAGUCCCUCCGUUCCUUUGACUGAAUGUUUGCUACUCGGCGGUCUGUGUGCCUCGAGUCCAACCCAACGCCUCAAUGACCAUGCUGCUGUAAAAGUUUACCCCCUCAUGUGUGAACAGAUCAUUGUGAUUCAUGUUAGAAGACGUAUAAAGAAGUGAAAGAUAUUGUGAUAUAUUGAGAUGAAUGGAUGAUGAAGGUUGUGUUUGGUGUUUUAGUUUGAAUUGAGAUGUUUGCUGUUUUCUGAUAACCCUGGUCCCUGUUCUGGAUGUAAAUCUUGCUCCUUUUCUGCCCCUACUGCAGUCUAUGAACAUAUUAUAUAAUCUGAUUGGAGAAAGUCUAAAUUAAAGGGUCAAAAAUGUUACUUACAAAGACAUUGUACAUUGUUUUUACUCUUAGAUCAUUUGUUAUAGCUGCUGAAGUAUGUGAAUAAACAUUGAAUAUAGCAAGCAAAAAGAUUCCGAAAGCUAAUCAAUAAUAUGGAUUUAUAAACCGUGCAAAAACAAAUAAGGAAACAAGUUUGUUGAUGGGAACAAUACGACUCCUGAUGAAAAGUGACAUUGUUUUGAGGUAAAGUAACUUGUUGUUUACAGUAUGCUCACUAAAAGCAUGGAUUCAUUAUCAGCAUUAGGAAAACCUAAUAUUAUGAUGUGUCAUCUUGUAUGCUGCACAUGAGAGACCACGACAGAUAUGACACUGAACAAGUCUUAUUUGAGUGGUUAUAUAUAUAUAUAAGCCUGGCUUGUUUUUAAUUAAUCCUAAUUCCCUACUUUAAUUCUGAAUAUCAGUUGCAUAUUCCAUCCGUCCACUAUCAGCCGCUAAACAGGGGUCGGGUGGCGGCGGCAGCUGACCACGCUUCCCUCUCAACCGCAACAUUUUCCAGCUCAUUCUGGGGGAUCCAGGCCAGCAGAGAGAUAUAAUCCCUCCAGCCCGGGGUCUCCACCCAGUGGAGCGUGCCCAGAAAACCUCCAGCGGGAGGCGCCCAGGAAGCAUGUUGAUGAGAUGCCCGAACGAGCUCAGCUGACUACUUUGGACUCAAAGGAGUAGCGGCUCAACUCCAAGUCAUC